UCGACAUAUUAUGACAUUACAUUUUACAUGUUAAACGUUUAUUUAAAAUAUUGAUCUGGAUUAAAUUUUAAAAUUAAAACGCGGUUGGGCAACGCCGUCGCUUGUUCACUUGCUGCUCAGACCGAGAGAGCGAGAGAGAGAGAGAGAGAGAUAACGAAAGCAGUGAUAACGUGAUAAUCGCGGUUCUCGCUGGAUUGUCCAUUGUGAACCAUUUUGCAAAAAUUCAUUCUGCGCAAUGUCCGACAAUCUGAAAGUGAAUCAGCCGGGCAGCACGGCCCAGUUUACCAUGUUGCCAACAUCAGUGAUCACCUACGGCAUGGUGCACAAGCUGGAAUGCGUCCAGGAGCGCAAAGUAACGCUGCCCACGCCCGAAAAUGACGACGCCGCCGCCGCCGGCGAGCCAAAGGAUCAGCAGCCGCAGGUGACGUACAAGUCGAACUCGCCCUGCCUGAUGAUAGUGUGCGACGAUGGCGAUCUGAACAGCGCCAAGCACCAUGUGGUUGCCUCGCUGCACGAUCCGUUCGCGGAGCACGCGGUGGCCACGCUGCUCAUCCAGGAGAGCGUGCGCGAUUCGUUUCUGGAGCGCGUCGUCGAGUGCUUGGAGCCGCUCGAUCCGCAAAUCGCCAAUCAUCCCAAUUAUGUGCGCUCUGUGGCCAAGCUGCAGAAGCUGAAGGCGGAGACAAUUGUUGGCAAUCCGAAGACGGUGCCAGCGAAUGCCACGCCCAUGCUGGUCAGCGAUAUAUACCAUAAUUUUCUGGGCGACGGACCCACGGGCAUCAUCACCAUGCACACCUUCCGCACACCCAAAGACGCCACCCAGGUCAAUCAGAAGGAGACGCUCGUCUAUGGCUCGGUCAGCAUCUGGAACGAGAAGCUGGCCAGCCCCUACGAGGUGUGCACCCUGCUCAAAAACGAGAUCUUCAUGAUCAACUGCUACAACAUCGAUCUGGCCCCGAUCCAGGCCUCCUUUGCCAUGGGCAAGAACGAUGCCAAGAUCAUCAAUGGCUACCACUACGAGACCCUCACGACCAAUCACAAGCGCAAGAUCAUUGUCUUUGCCGUCGGCACCAUCUUCGCCAACUGAUCGGAUGACGGGGAUCUGCAAGGCUCCACAAGGUGCUCCACUAGCUUUUAACUAACUGUUAUCCCGAUCGUAUAUAUAUAUAGAUAUAUACACACAUAUAUAAGUCCGA